AUUUCUGGAAAGAGGAAAAGCUUUGAAGUUUGAAGAAUGAAGAGUGUGUGAAAGAUCAAAAGAUGAAAGAGUGAUAAUUUUAAAUAUUUUAAUAAUUAACAAGUUCCAUUCCAUCGUAGUAUAGUAUAGUAAAAUUAUAAUUAAUUGAAUUCUUGCAGGAAAAUGAUGAAUUAAGAAGCAAGGCACAUGCUAUGAAGUGUCUUUGAUAACACGAACCUGAUGCUGAAAACCGAAUGAAACCGUUUUCUCGGAAAUGAAGUUAUACGUUAGCUGAGAAACGGGUGAAAAAAUCGAUAACAAUGGCGAUGAACGGCGGCGCGACUUCGAACACCUUAUCCAAAACUACACUCGAGAUGCCGGCGAAAAGAAAAAACGUGAAACCGGAAGUUUUAAAGAAACUACUGAAGCAAGUGUACGAUAGUGUUUUCAAUCCUAACGCCAUCGGCGCAUUGUACGCGUUGUUCGAAAAAGACAGUUUUCUCAUCACCGUUACGGAUUUGAAGAACGCGUUCAAAGCUACGUUGUACAUCGAUGGUAUGGAAUUCGAGAGUAUCGCUAGUCAGAAAAAGAAAGCUCGCAAUGACGUUGCGACGAAAGCUUUGAAGCACUUGUUUUUCGGCGUUGUAGAAACAGCUCCUGAAAAGUCGCCGAAAAAUGAAAUUCCAGCCACUCCAAUGAUAGUUGCUGAUGAUUCGAACGUCGUAGAAACUAAAACUUCGACGGUUCAUCGCCACAACGACGAUAAAGUUUCCGAGUCGUCGCCGUCGCACGAUACGACCUUACAAGCGAUUGCGAAAUGCGCAAAACUUCAUCUGAAUCAUUCGAGUAACGGAAACGUGCCGAAGAAAAUGAAGAGAGAUUGCGGAAUCCACGUCGAUCCUCAUCUGUUACCACCCAAGAGAAAGGAAAUCAAACAUACCAUUUUGGAGCGCGUUGUCAAGCAGGCUUUAGGCAUAGAAGAGUGCCAAAAUCCGAAUACCAUUACCGCGUUGUACACGCUGUACGAAAGAGAUUCUUUCUAUUUCGAAGUGGUGCCGAUCGACGACAACGAUCACAAAUUUUUAGCUCAUUUAUUCAUCAACGGUAGAGUGUACUCGGAGAGCUCGUCCAGCAUUAAGAAAGCUAAAACCAACGCCACGCUGAAAGCGUUGAGAGAUUUGUUUCCUAAAAUUGCCUACGGAGACGACGGUGCGCCCGAAAGUCCGAUUUCAGAACAAGACGAGUACUCUCAAUCAUCUUCAUCUACGGAAGAUUACGAUUGCGUUAAGCUUACACGCACCAUUAAAGACGAAUUCAACGCUACGCCGCGAUGUUCGCCUCAAGACUGCUCUCCGAAAAACUCUCAAUGUUACAACUUUUGCGAUAUUAUUGCGUCUCUUGUACAGAACAAAUACAAUGCUGUGGUACAAUCAUAUCCCGAACAUUUGCAAAGGUACAGUGUGCUAUCUGGCAUUGUAAUGAUUCAAAAUAAUGAUAUGUCAAAUGCUACCGUCAUUUGCGUUUGUACUGGAAAUAAAUGUCUUCGCGGAGAUCACGUAUCGAAAGAUGGCAGCGUUCUGUUCGAUUGCCACGCUGAAAUAUUAAGCAGACGAUGUUUGAUGUUGUACUUGUAUUCCCAGCUCAAUCUUUCUCUGAGCCGCAGCAACGACACUAUUCUUGAGUUACUCGACAAUGGAUAUUACCGGGUGAAAGACGGAGUGAAAUUCUACCUGUACGUAAGCUCGGCUCCGUGCGGAGACGGCCGUGUAUUUAGUUUUUCGGCGGCCAAAAAUCCAGACAGGCCGAAGCUGGUGGAAAAGCGAGGAGUGCUGAGAGUGAAAUUGGAAUCGGGAAUGGGAGGCAUACCGGUUACCGAGUAUAUCGAUAUCAGUCCUACGUUCGAAGAUUAUAUGAAAGGUCAACAGAUGGUUCUUAUGUGCUGCUCGGCCAAAUUAAUGCGUUCCAACGUGUUAGGCGCUCAAGGGGCACUUUUGUCGCACUUCUUGCUGCCGGUGUAUUUCGAUGGCAUACUUAUCGGCGACAUUUUUCAUAAAGGUAAUUUAGAGAGAGCUCUGUACGAAAGAGUCCAGAGUGACGAGCUGAAAAAUUUGCCGUCUUCGUACAAACUGAACAAACCAGCCAUCGAAGGUAUUACCAGUAGCAGAAUAGUUAUAAACGUUAAGCCCGGCAAAUCGUGCAUGAAUUGGAUAGAGUGCGAUCCGACGGUGGAAUUCAUCAAAACCAAAACUGGUCUAACUUCGCUAGAUUCUGUAUCGCGUUUAUCUAAGCUGCAUUUAUUCAAACAGUUCCUAGAUAUAUAUGUAGUUAUUUUUAAGAAUACCGAGUUAGCCAAAGCAGUCUCGAUCUCUUAUCUCGUUUACAAAGAGAAAGCGUUGGAAUAUCAACUCGCUAAAAACGUAUUUUUUCAAGCUUUAAAAACCAGACAGAAGGGCCAAUGGUUGAGAAAAUCCAAGGAAUCGGAUUCAUUUCUUCUUGAAAAAUUCGAUAAUUUUGGUUAUUGAAUUAGCCCUUCGGUGUUUAUUUCGCGGUCAUUCUCAUUGAUUUACUGAUUCUCAUUUUUUUAUGCGUGUAUUUUUUUCCUCUCAUUUUUGUUUCCUCAAAGAGCUGCAAAAAGGUUUAAAUUUUAGUUUUAUUAUUGCGUGAUAUUCGUUUUAAGGAAAUACCAUUUAAUAACAUUCGUUUUUCUUUUUUUCUUAUUUUUAAUCGGCGAUACUCUCAUGUUUUGUAUUAUUAUUUUAGAUGUAAUAGUUUUUUUCAUCAUUUUGUUCGUUCUUGUUUUCUUUUUUUUUUUACUUCGAUCAUUUUUUUCGAGUUUGUUUUCGAGUAUUAAAAAAUUUGGUGA